AUGGAUUUCGGGUCCUUGGAGACUGUCGUGGCCAACUCUGCCUUCAUUGCUGCCCGCGGCAGCUUUGAUGGAAGCAGCACCCCGUCUUCCCGGGACAAGAAGUAUCUGGCCAAGCUCCGGUUGCCCCCGCUGUCCAAGUGCGAGGGUCUCCGUGACAGCCUCAGCCUGGAGUUCGAGAGCCUGUGCUCAGAGCAGCCCAUUGGCAAGAGGCUCUUCCAGCAGUUCCUGAAGACAGAGGAGAGGCAUGUGCCAGCCCUGGAGCUCUGGAAGGACAUCGAGGACUAUGACACAGCCGAUGAUGAUCUGCGGCCGCAGAAGACACAGGCCAUCCUGGCUGAGUACCUGGACCCACAGGCCACACUCUUCUGCAAUUUUCUGGACCAGGGCAUGGUGGCAAAGGUGAAGGAAGGGCCGAUGGGGAGCCAGGAUGGCCUCUUCCAGCCGCUGCUGCAGGCCACGCUGGAUCACUUGAGCCAGGUCCCCUUCCAGGAGUACCUGGGAAGCCUGUAUUUCCUGCGGUUCCUCCAGUGGAAGUGGCUGGAGGGCCAGCCCAUAGGCGAAGACUGGUUCUUGGACUUCAGGGUUCUGGGGAAAGGGGGCUUUGGGGAGGUGUCAGCCUGCCAAAUGAAGGCUACUGGCAAAAUGUAUGCCUGCAAGAAACUCAACAAGAAGCGUCUGAAGAAGAGGAAGGGCUACCAGGGUGCCAUGGUUGAGAAGAGGAUUCUGGCCAAAGUACAUAGCAGGUUCAUUGUGUCUCUGGCCUAUGCAUUUGAGACCAAGACCGAUCUCUGUCUGGUGAUGACCAUCAUGAAUGGAGGUGACAUAAGGUACCACAUCUACAAUGUGGAUGAAGAGAACCCUGGCUUCCCGGAACCACGAGCAAUCUACUACACGGCUCAGAUUAUCAGUGGUCUGGAGCACCUGCAUCAGAGACGCAUUGUGUACCGGGACCUCAAGCCGGAGAAUGUGCUGCUGGACAAUGAUGGCAAUAUCCGGAUUUCUGACCUUGGGUUGGCUGUGGAGCUGAAGGAAGGGCAGAAUAAGACCAAGGGCUACGCAGGGACCCCAGGUUUCAUGGCCCCUGAGCUCCUCCGUGGUGAAGAAUAUGACUUCUCUGUAGACUACUUUGCCCUGGGGGUCACAUUGUAUGAGAUGAUUGCAGCCAGGGGACCCUUCCGAGCCCGAGGAGAGAAGGUAGAAAACAAGGAACUCAAGCAGCGCAUCAUCUCGGAGCCCGUGCAGUACCCAGACAAGUUCAGCCAGGCCAGCAAGGACUUCUGUGAGGAACUGUUGGAGAAGGACCCGGAGAAGCGCCUGGGCUUCCGGGAUGGGACCUGUGAUGUUCUGAGGGCAAACAACCUCUUCAAAGACAUCAGCUGGAGGCAGCUGGAAGCCGGGAUGCUGAUCCCUCCAUUCAUCCCAGACUCUAGGACUGUCUAUGCCAAGAACAUACAGGACGUGGGUGCCUUUUCCACAGUCAAGGGUGUGGUUUUUGACAAAGCGGACACGGAGUUCUUCCAAGAAUUUGCCUCUGGCAACUGCCCCAUUCCCUGGCAGGAGGAGAUGAUUGAGACGGGUAUCUUUGGGGACCUGAACGUGUGGCGCCCAGAUGGUCAAAUGCCAGAUGACAUGAAGGGAAUCACCGUGGAGGAGGCAGCCCCUACAUCCAAGUCAGGAAUGUGUCUCAUCUCCUAGCCAAGUAUCUGAGAGAAACAUGGAGAUGGUGUGU